AUCUCAUCUCCCUCUUUUUUCUAUAUUUAAAACAUGCAUUCACUCUUUCUUUCUCUCUUUCUUUUACUCCUCACUUCAUUCAUUUCUUCUAUCUAAGUUCCUCUCACUCACUCUUCUUCACAUUCCUCAGGUAUUAGUUUCAUUCAUUUCUUACAUUGUCAUCUUUCUCUAAUCUCCAUUCAGGAGUUACAGAAUUAGGGGUUGUAUUGAAUUGAAGUUAGCUAGCUAGGUCAUUAAUUUGGGUGAAGUUUUGAUUGAUUGAUGGAUUCCAUGGAAUCAUGUGUACCUCCUGGAUUCCGAUUUCAUCCUACUGAUGAAGAGCUUGUGGGUUAUUAUUUGAAGAAGAAAAUCGCGUCUCAAAAGAUCGAUCUUGAUGUCAUUCGAGACAUUGAUCUAUAUAGGAUUGAGCCUUGGGAUCUUCAAGAUAGAUGUGGGAUCGGAUAUGAAGAACAGAAUGAGUGGUACUUCUUCAGCCACAAGGAUAAAAAGUAUCCGACAGGGACGAGAACGAAUAGAGCCACCAUGGCAGGGUUUUGGAAGGCUACAGGGAGAGAUAAAGCUGUGUUUGAUAAGAGCAAACUCAUUGGUAUGAGGAAAACCCUAGUUUUCUACAAAGGUAGGGCUCCUAAUGGCCAGAAAUCUGAUUGGAUCAUGCAUGAAUAUCGACUCGAAUCUGAUGAGAAUGGACCUCCUCAGGCAAAAGGGUGGGUAGUAUGUCGAGCAUUCAAGAAGAAAACAAGCGUGCAAUCAAAGAAGAUGGAACGAUGGGAGUCUAACUAUGUGUACGAUGAAGUAAGUGGUGUAAGCUCAGUAAUAGAUCCCAUAAUCCAUGAUCACUAUGACUACGACUAUGACUAUAUACACACAAACACGAACCCAAACACGAACACGAACACGAACAACUUAAAGUUGAUGAUGAAAUGCAAACAAGAGAUAGAAUCUGAAGCAUUGGCUAAAUUCAUGCAUUUAGCCUCAGUUGAUAAUUUCCUACAACUCCCUCAACUUGAGACUACAUCUCAUCAACUUCCUUUGUUAAAACGAGUAUCAACGAGCUCAAUCUCUCUAGCAUCGUCGCAAAAUAGUAACAAUAACAAUAACAAUUAUUACGUUACAAGCAACAUAUGCAUCAAUAAAAAUGAUAAUAAUUGUAAUAACAUUGAUGAGGACAACGACAAUGGCGGCGGCGGCGGCGGAGGCGGCGUAGCAGAUUGGAGAGCAUUGGAUAAGUUUGUGGCUUCACAACUAAGUCAAGAUCCUAAAUUAAUUGACGUGGAUCAUUAUCAAUAUCUCAAUAAUCAUCGAGAAGAAAUGAGUAGUACAUCUCCAAGUUCGGAUAUCGAGGCUUUACUACUCUUGCAUGGAAGUAGUAAUGAGCAGAUUAUUGAUGAAAGCAAGUUGAUUACUGGUUUCUUGAAUUCAGCAUCAGCUGAUACUGAUAAUAUUGGCAUUUGCAUAUUUGAUAAAUGAGGAUUUCAUCAUAUACUAUAAUUGUAUAUGAAGCUACGUACGUACCAAAUUAGAUUUUACGUACACAUACAUUAUAUAUAUAUAGUAUAUAUUUGUAUGUUAUAAUGUAUAUUGUGGGGGAGCGGAAUUUGUCCUCAAUUA